AUGCCGGGCUCACCCCCCUCUCCAGCCGCAUGCCCACAGCCCCCCGUGAUUGCCCGCACCAUCGGCCGCUCCAGCCUGCGUUUCAGAUCCACGUACACCACACCAGCCAGGGCGCGCCCCAGACUCGAUGUGCACGUGGCCCGCACGCCAAUCAUCCCCCAUCUCCGUCUCGCCUUUGUCUCCGCAGACACGGAACGGCUGUACUCGGUGGCGUUUAAUGAAAUCUGCGGUCGCUAUGGGAAGCAGUACAGCUGGGACGUCAAGUCCCUGGUGAUGGGCAAGAAGGCGCUGGAGGCUGCACAGAUCAUCAUAGACGUGCUGCAGCUGCCCACGACCAAGGAGGAGCUGGUGGACGAGAGCCAGGCCCGGCUCAAGGAGCUGUUCCCCACCGCGGCCCUCAUGCCAGGUGGGGGGCCAUUGAGGCCUGGGGGUGCACUCAGUCGGCCCUCGCCCCCGGCGCCCCCGGACCAGUGCCUGGUCUUCGAAGACGCCCCCAACGGGGUGGAGGCGGCCCUGGCGGCCGGGAUGCAGGUGGUGAUGGUCCCGGACGGAAACCUGCGCCGCGAGCUGACCACGAAGGCCACGGUGGUGCUGGCCUCCCUGCAGGACUUCCAGCCAGCUCUUCUCGGGCUGCCGCCCUUCGC